AAAUUACAUAGUAAUGUUCGUAAAAAUUUAUAUACUAUAGCAAACCUAACAUAGUCAACAGUUAUAAAAAUUAUUUAUAUAUUAUUAAUAUAUCCUUAAAUAAAUGUUAAUAACUAAAUUUUAUAAUUGAUUUAUGUAUUAGUAAAAACUUUUUGAAGAUGUCUUUUCUGUUCAACAAGUUAAUGACAUUCUCAGAAUGGAUCGAAGAAAAUGCCGAUUCAAGAAUGAAGAACUUUUUAUUUUUUGGCUCAUAUUGGCCUAUAGUAUUCAUAUUAACUUUCUAUUUUAGUUUUGUUCUUAAAUUUGGUCCAAAGUUUAUGAAAACAAGAAAACCGUUUAACAUAGAUCAAAUUGUUAUGGUUUAUAAUACCAUACAAGUGGUUUUAAACAUGUACAUUGUAAAAGAAAUUUUUCGUCUCGUAUGGCUCCGAGAUGAUUAUACAUUCCACUGUAUUAUGAUUGACUAUAGUGAUACCGAUUUAGCUAAAGAAAAGUUAUUUGUCGGUUGGUUGAUAUAUUUGACAAAAGUUCUUGAUCUAUUAGACACGGUAUUUUUUGUUUUGAGGAAAAAAGAUAGUCAAUUAUCAUUUCUCCAUGUUUAUCAUCACUCAAUGGUUUUAUUUUUUGGAUGGAUUUUGCUAAAAUUUUUCCCAGGAGGUCAAGCUAUUUUUUUCGGUACAAUCAACUCAUGUAUACAUACAAUAAUGUAUACUUAUUAUUUACUGACUCUUAUCGAUCAUAACUACAAAAAAGCAUGGUGGAAAAAGUACUUAACAAUUAUACAAUUGGUCCAAUUCGUUCUUUCUGGAUUACAUGCAUGCAUGGCCCUUAUGGUUAAUGACUGUAAUUUUCCCAAGUUAUUUUUAGCAAUAUUACUACCACAAGAUAUGCUCAUGUUUGUAUUAUUUUGGAACUUUUAUAAAAAAUCGUACAUUAAACCACACAAACUAAAACAUUCUUAGUAACUUAUUAUCACAAAAAUUAAAUUUUAUUAGUUUUGAUUUAUUAAAGUCUUAUUUCAUAAUUAUUAUAUUUUUAUGAUAAUGAAAAACUCACCUAAUGUAUUAAAUUAUAUCCAUCAUAAUUUUAUGAAAUUUGACUUAAAACUAUAACUAUAACUUUAAAAAACUAAUAACGUAUAAAAAAUGUAAAUUUUGUCACCAUAAAAUUUCAACCAUUCUCUUUUCA